AUGCCGCCGCCGCCGCCGCCUCCUCCGCCGCCUCCACCGCCCAUGUGCUUUCCUUUCACGAAUCGCUCACGAACUCGCGAAGCCAGCCCUCUCAUAGUCCGUACAGACUCGGAAAAAUCGUCUACAUCCUCUCAUAGGUCCGACAACCGUUCCAAUCAUUCUCUGAGGUCCGACGACAAUUCCUAUCGUUCGUCUCCGAGGCCCGACAACGUUUCCAAUCGUUCGAAACGAUCAUAUAAUUCCACAGGCUCCCAGAAUAAGCUCGUCCGCUCCGGGUCCUACUCCACCACUCGGACCCUCGCGUCAGACGUGGAGAAGCUAUCAUUUGAUUCGGAUUCAGAAGUUUACGACGUCCCUACACUUGCUAACGAGAGCCGCACCAAAUUCUCCCAACUCUCCCGCAAUGACAGCAAGUCUGCUCUGACGAGGGUUGAUUCGAAGAAAUCCGCGAAAUGGGGAUAUGGGUGGGGAUUGGGAAAAGUCAAGGAGAGGGAGAGAGAGAUGUUGGAACGAUCACCCUCUGUUGACUCAGAAAGACCUCCACUUUACAAAUCGCCGACUCGUACCUCCUCCAGGUCUAGCAGCAGCAAACGCUCACCCUUCUACUCGAAUGAUUCUGCGAGCACACUUGUCGGGUCUGCUCUUGACCGCAAGAUUAAUGACGUCGAAUCCAUCAAGGAGAAAGUGGACACGACAGACAGAUUGGAUGACAUCAGGAAGUUGAUGGCAAAGGAGAAACUCGAUUACUACGUCGUCCCCAGCGAGGACCCCCACCAAUCCGAGUACGUCGCAGCCGGCGACAAACGUAGGUCAUGGAUCUCUGGCUUUACUGGAAGUGCAGGCCAAGCUAUUGUCUCGAAGACGGCCGCUUAUUUAGUGACCGACUCGCGCUACUGGUUGCAAGCUCGCGAUGAACUUGACUUAAACUGGCACUUGAUAACUGCCGGGGCCGUGGAUGGCCCCAAAGAUUGGAUCGAUUGGUUGGUUGAUCGUGCCAAGGAUGCAAAGAUUGGUAUAGACGCGCGCAUGAUCUCCCAUGAGAAGGCUACCUCAUUGACCACACAACUCAACAACAAGAACUCGAAGCUCAUCUACCCUCCCCAGAAUUUUAUUGACAUGGUUUGGAAAGAAAAGCCUCUGCGAUCCAAGGAACCUGUUUUUAUCCAGUCUUUCGAGUUCACGGGCAGAGAAGCCAGCACAAAAAUUGCAGAGGUCCGCUCUUGGAUCCAGGCACAACCUCCGGCCGUCCCUUCAUACUCCAAAGCAACUCCGACUCCUGCCCAGAUGCAUAUCGGCACCCUGAUUACUUCUUUAUCCUCGAUUGCUUGGCUUCUAAACCUGCGUGGCUCCGAUAUCCCCUUCAAUCCUCUGUUCUACGCCUAUCUGUUUAUUUCUCUGGAUAGGGUUGUCCUAUUCUUAGAUUCCGUCAAGCUUACUGAUGAAGUGGAGGAUCACCUACGUGCCCUCAACAUCGAGCGAAAGGAGUAUAAUGACAUUUGGGCCUUCCUCCGCCGGCGAGAAUGGGGCGAGGGCAAAGUCCUUAUCUGUCCAGAGACUUCCUACGCGAUCUCCUUGAUGCUGACGCACUUCCGCUAUACCGUCGUGCCAUCCUUCAUUGACGAUAUCAAGGCCAUCAAGAAUGAUGUGGAACUUGAAGGCUUGAGGCGUGCCUACCUUCGCGAUGGUGCUGCAUAUGUUAGAUGGCUUGCAUGGCUGGAGCACAAGAUCCAACAAGGAUAUGACAUUACCGAGUAUGAAGCAGCAUGGCGUCUCACAGAGUACAGGAGGCAAAACAAGCACUACUGGGGUCUCGCGUACGAGAAUAUCUCUGCCAGCGGGCCUAACGCGGCUCUUCCCCACUAUUCACCUACGAAAUCCGGCGCCCGAAUGAUUGACCGAAAUACUCCUUACCUUAAUGAUUCUGGAGGUCAAUACCGUGAUGGCACAUGUGACACAACACGCACAGUUCAUUUUGGAAGGCCAUCAGUAGACCAAUCAGAGGCAUACACCCGCGUUUUGCAGGGUCACAUUGCCAUCGAUAGCGCUGUAUUCCCGCAGGGCACCACCGGUUCCCAACUUGACGUUCUCGCUCGACGUGCACUAUGGAAGGACGGUCUUAAUUACAUGCACGGCACAGGCCACGGAUUUGGCUCGUUCUUGAACGUACAUGAAGGUCCACACGGAUUCUCCAGCAGUGUUCCUCUCGUUCCUGGACACGUCAUAACAAACGAGCCCGGUUUCUAUCUUGACGGCCACUGGGGAAUGCGCAUUGAAUCUGCGCUGGCUAUUCGCAGAGUCAAGACGAAAGGCGAAUUUAACGGCGACAUCUGGCUUGGGUUUGAACGCCUCACGUGUGUUCCGAUCCAAACGCGGAUGGUCAAAGAAACUAUGCUUACCAAGGAAGAAAAACAGUGGUUGAAAGAUCACAACAAGAAGUGCCUGGAGAGACUCGAACCACACCUUAAGAAUGAUAAGCGUGCUCUCAAGUGGCUGAAACGCGAAUCUGAUAGAGGUAUUGGUAUCGCUGCUCCUGGCCCAGGGGGAAUUACCAUUGAUUGGGACUAA